CACACAUAUCCCAAUGCUGCUCCCACGAUUACAACCUCCCUUGCGGGCCGCCAUAUCCGCAGUAGGAAGGAACACCACACCAGCAUGUCUCCAUGAAGCAUUCGGAGCUCUCUCUAUAAGGGGUGUCGUCCCAGCGACUUCGCCCGCUAGCCUGACGUUCGUGAGAUACGCUUCGCAUGCGCAGCAAGGAGCUGUGAAUAAAUCGAAAGAUGGAGCGGGGAAGAGGUUGGGUGCUAAGAGAUCUGGGGGUUGGUUUUCUCCCCUCUUGCUAUUUAAGUCUCCAAUUGGGCCAUACAGAGUACUAAUAAUAAACAGAACAAUAUGUCAUCCCAGGCAACAUCAUCUUCCGCCAACGAGGCACGCACUGGUUCCCCGGCGAAAAUUGCGCCAUGGGCCGCGACCACACCAUCUACGCCACGGAAUCGGGAUACGUAAAGUACUACAAAGACCCAGAGAAGCACCCGAAGCGCGGGUACAUCGGCGUCGUCUUCGAGCGUGAACAAGUCCUCCCGCUACCGCGCAACUCGAUGCGGAGACGGAAACUCAACAUGGUGGCGCAGAAGAUGAAGGUCGAGCCUGUUGCGGAACCAACUAAGAUUCGUGCGGAUAAGGGGGGUAUGGGGCUGGUUGUUAGGAAGCAGGAGGUGAAGAAGGAGGACAAGGGGAAGAUGGAGAUUAAGAGUGGGUAUAUGUAUCGUGAGUCGAAUUGGGAGAUUGGACGUGCGGCGGAGAAGGCGGGGGUGAGGGUUACGGCUUUUAAACCGAGGGAUCGGUGGGCGGCGUGGAGGAAGGCGUGGAAGAGGAAGGUGGCGAAUAGGGAGAAGAGGGUUGUGGGGGGGAAGAAGAAGAAGAAGAAGAAGAUUUAGGGGGGUUGUAUAGUUUUUGGUUUUGGGAGUGUGGAAGUUUGUGUGGACAUUGUAUUAAAAGAAUUGAAUGGUCUGUUUGCAGUCGUGUGGACUUGAUGGAAAAGGAUAUGAAAUUCGUUUGUCGUUGUAACCCAAUUAUCCAAA